CUUGUGUUUGGUGUUAUGACCACAGGGGCCACCAAGGACAUGGGUAAGAUGCUGGGGGGCGAGGAGGAGAAGGACCCCGAUGCGGAGAAGAAGGAAGAGGAGCGACAGGAGGCGCUGAGACAGCAGGAGGAGGAAAGGAAGGCCAAGUACUCCAAGAUGGAGGCGGAGAGGGAGGGAGUCCGACAGGGGAUCCGGGAUAAGUAUGGCAUCAAGAAGAAGGAGGAAAAGGAGGCGGAGGCAGCAGCUGCUAUGGAGCAGGCCUCAGAGGGGAGUCUAACCCGGCCCAAAAAGGCCGUGCCUACCGGCUGUGGCGAUGAAGAGGAGGAAGAGGAGAGCAUCGUGGACACGGUCAUGAAGUUCCUCCCCGGGCCCCUCAUGGAUAUGUUCAACAAGAAGUAACGCCACGAGUUCCCCGCGUUACACACCUGAUUGUUACCUUCUGAUGACCACACCCAUGGCACCACACCUGACCCCUGACCCUUAACCUCUGUACUUAGCGACCCCAAAUCGAGAGACAUAACAAGUUUUGUCCUGAAUGUUCAAAAUAGUAAUCUGGGCUGUGGUGGUGUUCAUUUUUUUUUUUGGUAUAAUUUUGUCUGAGAAUCUUUGUCGAUAUCGCUAAGAUCUAAGAUAUCGCUAGAACUAAGCCUUUCUAAAAGAUCUAAGUUCCGCACAGUCCAUGUAAUUUUCAUGACAAACCACAUGGCCCGAUCUCUGAUUGGUCCAUGUCUGAUACUGGAGUUCCAAAAUUUACAUAUUAACUACCAUUCCACAUUUAUUUUUGUAAAUAGCAAAAAAUAGAUUAAUCCAUGAAUAAAUAAUUAAAGAAAGGAGUAUAUGUGCGUUUUAAGCUAGUAUAAUGUAUUACUAAAUUAUUAUGAGAAUAAGCCAUAUUUUAGACUUUGAAAAACGUAUCAUAUCAUUUCAAUGUUUCUUUCUGAAAUUUCCUCUUGUGUUCUUGCUAAUAUUUGAUACAUCUAAUGUACAUAAACACUCGCAACUUUUUUAUCAGUUCAGUCCAUUGUGAGGAAUCUUUUGUUUUACUGUCUGAUCGCAAAGUUUACUGUGACAUUGUGCUUUCGCUACCGGAAAAUCACAAUUGUAAAGCAAGACGGUCAACAAGGAUUCAGCUUGUUAUUGCUAUUUUUAUAGAUUUUUGUUAAGCAUGCAUUUGUUACAAUUCGUGAAGUACAGUGCGCUACAUGCAGUACAAAACAGUAAUUUUGAUUUGUUACUUUUUCUUCAAGCGAAACAUUGUGAAAUGUGAGGCAAUAACUUUUUGGUUUUCAAAUUUAUUUGACGUCUCACUGGCCGUGUUCAGCAGGCCAAUCUCUCCUCCAUACGUGAACCGCACUUUCACAAAAUUUGUAUAAAAUGACUAUGAAAUAUAGCUGUACUUAUCUGUUAUUGAUAUUAAAUCCACACAACAUUUAAACGUCCAGUUUUACAUGUUAAAAGCUCUGCUUUUGCUAAUGAGGACAUGCGUAUUUUUUCAGUAAAUUUGUCAGUAAAAAGACUUUGUUUUUCCAUUUUUUGUUAUAAAAACAUUUACAAAGAUUUUAAUUUUUGGGACGAAACACAACUGUGUUGUGAACACAACACACUAUAUGUAAACAGACAGUGACAAAGGUGCAAUAUAUUGUAGGACAUGAAGUUGUUCUGUGUGUAUUGUUUAACUGACGGGACAGCAGUCCUGAAUCAAUAACAGACAAUCUUCAUCGUUACCUGUUUUUAAAUGAUUUCUCAGCGCGUUAGUCAAUGUCAGAGUUGCCGUCCAACGCUCAAUGGUGACGUUUUAUUAACAGCUUUUUUAGGGAUGAUGGAGGGGGAUUUGUUGAAUGUCGUAACAAAUGUUUUAAAUGUUUUUGCCACACGGUAAAAAAAAAAAGAAUAGUCACAAUCGAUGUUCAGCACAGUACAACUACAUUGUGGUUGUUUGUUUACAUAGAGAAGAAAAUGACAGGACAAUUGUAGUUCUCCUUAUGUCGUAUAAACGCAAUGUGCUAAUUUAUAGGGUAGAGGUAUGAACAUUUUUGAAAAACAAGCAAAGUGUCAAACGCUGUCAGACAAGGACAAAGUUGUUCUGCCUUAUUUCCGUCUGCUUAUUUUCUUGUGAUCAUUCCACAGUGUCUUUUAAAACAUUCCUAAUAUCUACGACAUUCCACACCAAGGGCCACUAACUGCCCUGUUGUUCAGAUGAAGAAGUACUAGUGGGAUUCCAAUAGUUUAUACAUAGAUUCCGUACAUGAGUAAAUCAGUCAUAUCAAUAGCUACAAUGCCUGCCACCUAGGAGAAACGAUAGAAAGAUACUCCUGUACGAAGCUCAAAUAAAUUAAUCAGCAUAUAUAAACUGCAUUAUUAACAUGAAUGAGAUAACCUUAUAUUCUUAUGUAAUGUGAUAAAUAGCUGUGUUAGAACGUCUUACUUGCCAUUUACAGAAAUAGUUGUUCCACAAAUGUGCUAUGCCUGUAGGUAAACUGCUCGUAAAAACAUAUUUCCUUGUUAAUAUUGGCAGUUUAAAUAGCAGUAGUUUGUCGCUGGUUACUGUUGCCUUCCUCCGACCUGUGCUAGGAUGAUGUGUUAGCUAACAUUUAGCUAAAAGAAAUGGCCAACAUUUUCUACCACACUAAUGAUUCAGACCAAAUAAAAUUGAUCUUAUCCGAUUCAUGCAUAAGCAGCAUCCAAACCAUGAAUAAUCUGAAUAAUAUAUCCAAUCAAGCCAAAGAUAAGAAUCGAUUUUUUAGACUUAGACGUAGUGUUCCAUUGUUAAAUUUAUUAACUAGACCUUUUUAAUUUAUUUCUAAUUCUCAGGUAUUUCAAUUUCAUUUGCUAUUUAGACAUUCUAUAUGAAGAUUAUCGCUUAGAACGUUUUAAAAAUAAGCUCUAAGAUAUUUAAUGUUUGUUUCGCAAGAGGCCAACAAACGCAUGCCCUCUCUCAUUUUGAUUUGUAGUAUUUAUUUUAUGUUCAUUAUUUUGCCCAGAAUAACCCUAGAACGCUAAGAUUACUGCCUAGUCAAUCAAUAGCUAAACGCCUAUUGAUCGCACAAAAAUACUGCCCAAGUCAAACGAGAUCCAUAUCUUGCCCCAUAAAAGGACGCCGCUCUAGUAAAGUGGUUUUAGUGACGUUCAUGUCGCCUGUUUGGUCGGAGGUCAUUUAAUUUGUGCCGGUCACACCCCAGUGAUGUUACAAUGAUUAUACUGCCUGACCAUUAAAGAGAUGCUCCUUGCUGUGAAUAGAUUGUGACCGUCUUACCUGCAUCUGUCUCUUUGUGUCCUGAACCCGUUGAGAAGAAGCUUGUAUCUGUCUUCUAUGUCUGUUUGUUUGUUUGUUUGUUUGUUUGUUUGUUUGUUACUCUUGUAUGCAGUCAUGCCUGUUCCUGUGUUUUGGUGGUUGGUACUUUACUGGUAAAUUGUUAUAAUAUUUUUUUGUAUUAAUUAAUUGUAUUACUGUAAAAACUGUAAAAACUCUUCUCGCCCUUGUCCCUCUCUAUCUCCCUGUUUGUUGAACAAGUGUAUGCAUGCUUACUGUGCGCAGACUAGACCCUGUUGUUGUGUGUUACUGUGCCCCCACCUUCACUGCAUGCCACUUUAGAAAGAAAGACUCUAGUCUGUAAAAUAAAAAUUCUGCAAAAUGGAAUCACUGCACUCUCUGAGAAUAAAGUGAUUUCAUAUGACUGCU